AUGACAACCUUAAUUAUAUUCAAGAGUCCUGAACAAGAGGAUAUACCACCUCGAGACUGGGGAACUGGAAGACGUCGAGAAAAACAACCUGACACAACAUUCCAACGAUCAGGCACAUUUUUAUACACGUAUAUACGUCCUGGUACAAGAGUGCCAGCACCGUUACACAACACAGACACAUCUCUGGAUCAAAUCAAUAAAUUAUUUCCAUCAAACCACCCAUUCACGUCACAUAUCAGUGAAAAAGCACUAUUUCCAAAUCCGGUUAGAAAUGAUGAAAAUCCAAACAGUCCAAUAACACCAACGUCAGCCACGCAAGUUGAACCGUAUAUUGUCACACACAAAACUUAUGAAAUACAUUUUCCCGGUAUUAAACAACGAUUAAGGUGGCCAGAUAAACACUACAUGCAGCUUCCACGAUCUUCACAGAUUUCACGAUCAAAAAGUGAUGCUAGUUCAUCCUCAAAUUAUCCGUCGCCAACGAAGAUGUUUGCACCCAAUUCUGAUCUGUGGCCCGUUACUCAGCCGCUUACACCAGAUACCAUCAAUACAUUGAAGAAUAAAGACGUCUCGUUACUUGAGUCAACAUAUACUGCCGAUUAUUCAUCAGAUGGUCUAGGAUCACAUAUUAUUUAUAAAUCGGAUAAUUUAAAUGAUAGAGAACACGGACUUUCAAGAGCGGGUGGAACAAAAAUGAUGCCACAUUUUGAAAGAGUUUUGGACCCAGCUCGUCCACUCGAGGGUAUGCAGUCUCUUCACCUGCACGGUCAACAACCACAAAUGUAUUACACCCCAGAACUGAAAACAUGGACAUUAAGUGAAGAUGAAAAGCAGGAUCAUCAGCUACGUUAUGGAAAAGAUUAUACAAAUCUACCGGCCGAUUCAUUUCCAACAGAUCGUGCACCAAUUUACACGCCAAGAGAAGAAAGCAACGAUCAACCGAAAGCUCAUGGUGAAAUACGUUAUUUACACUUAAAACGUCCACAAUCCGCACAAAUGCCUAGUCAAAUACUGCAAUUUCGUCGCAAUCAAGAUCAACAAAUGGAGGCAUCAAGUCGAUAUCGUGAGUUAGAGGCGAUUAAACCAGCCGAUAAUAUUACUCUCCUCAAUUUGAAAUUGAGAGCGCUACAGCACCCGAGGCAUGCACGACCAAUAUUACCUCAAUAUCGAGAUGAUCAUGUUAAAACAUUUUAUUCUCAUGUGGGGACAUAUGUGCAAGAACGCAAUGGCCUGUAUCAUACUAGCUAUAAUCCAAGUCUUCUUAAACAACAAAUCCCUGAAUUAAAUGAAUACAGUGGAAAUGAAAAUCCGCAUGGUGAGACGUCGGUAGAUAAUUUGUGUUCACCUGAGCAAAAUCAGAAUCUGAGUCCAAGAUAUUUACUCGAUGCUGGGGAGGCAACGCAAGAACGUCAGAAACCGAAGUUAUUUCAAGAUAAAGUCUUUCGCGACUAUCGCAUGAUGAGAAACCAUCUCACUGAUAAACUACAUGCGCCCAUUGAUGCAGGAUGUGUUGAUGCUCUUACACAAGAAAAAAAUUUUAUUCAUCGUCAAUCGACGUACGCUCAAGCGUACAAUACAAGAAAAUAUCUUCAAGAAAAUGUAUUGAGUGCUAAUGCGCGUGCGGAACCAUCUCGUUUAAUAAGCACAUCAAAUCAAGAUUUGAAUAGAGUGCGGUACGACAGUGCUUUUCCAUUAUCAGAUGCUGAAUUGAAAUAUCAAGAUACUGCCUUGCCUCACCCAUCUCAACGUCCGACAACGUCAUACGAUUGUUCUCAAUCUCAACGCCACGUUCCAGAUAACUUUCAAGUUUCGCAUCCACUUUCACGUUCAGCCACGUUUUCUCAUUUUAUGCCAUCGCACCAGCUAAAUGAAAAUUAUCGCAUGCCGAGAAAUCGCGAAUUAAUCCAAAAUGAAGCAACAAUUGUCGGUCCGUUAUUACCACCAGCGCCUUACGAAGAGUUGUAUUCAUCAAAUCAUAUAAACGAGCAAACCGACGGCUAUUCAAAACGAUCAGUACCAAGAGUUUACGAUUCGCCUUUCAAAUAUGAUGAUGAAAACAUUCAGUAUAAAGUGUUUGGACCACCACUAUCAUCCACAGACAAAGCAUCAACCACCACCACCUACGUUCCUACAGCACAACAGUCAAAAUCGACAAAGACAGUUAUUCAACUACCCGGCAAUGAGAUAGUGUCACGUUUCGUUGAACCGUACGAAAAUCCACAAACAACAUAUCAACACUCGUAUAAAGAUCUUGUAUAUCAUGAGAAAUUACCAACACAAAGUCCUUACACUUGCAGUUCAAAUGAUAUCGAACGUAUGCUAAAAGGUCACCGCCUAUCCGUUAAAGAUGGUGAUAUUCGAUUUGGGCGUAUGUCAGACGGCAGAGUGAAGCAAUGGAGAUUGAUCGAUUUACAAGAUCAAUGGACAAAAACAAACGCACAACGAGAAUAUCAUGAAUUGCAUCCAGAAAGUGUGCCGUAUGUUGGAGAGAGCACAAUAAUUGGAAAAAAAGCGGUUGCUUUAGCUGACUCACGCGCGAAAAAGCCAUUUGUCGCUGUAAUGUGA